UAUCGAGGUACGGCCUCGGACGCAGUGUAGAUCACUUCAAGGGCAUCGCUUCGCCCGCCUUCAAUCACUUCGCGCUCGGAGGGGUUGCUUCGUUGACGCUAAUCCGAUCGGAAAUGUCGAACUGGACUAGGAGCCUGCAAUCGACCGUGCGGCUGUCCUCCGGAUAUGAUAUGCCUCUUCUCGGCUUCGGCGUGUACCAAAAUUACAAUACAAAAGACUCAGUCAUCGAGGCGCUCGAAGCGGGGUACAGGCACAUUGACACUGCUCAGGCGUAUCGGAACGAAGCACACGUCGGGGCGGCUGUGAAAGCAAGCGGCAUGCCCCGGGGAGAGAUCUUUGUCACAACGAAAUGCACCAACAAGACUCACGGAUAUGAAAGCACUCUGAGCGGUGUCGACGCUUCGCUUCAAAGAUUUGAAUUCGAUUACAUUGACUUGUUCUUGAUUCACGACCCAAUGUCCGGUCACGAAAGACGCCUAGAAACUUACAAAGCACUGCAAAAUGCUCGGGCAGCUGGUAAAAUCCGAACCGUCGGGGUGUCGAAUUAUGGGAUAAAACACCUAGAAGAAAUCGCGGAAGCUGGCUACGAAAUGCCCGCUGUCAAUCAGAUUGAGCUGCAUCCAUUCUGUCAGCAGAAGCCGAUAGUAGAGUACUGUCGUGGGCAUUCGAUAGUCAUUCAGGCGUAUUGUCCCAUACUACGGGGAAAUAUGGACCACCCCACCAUCACCGAGAUCUCUCGGAAGCACCAGAGAGACCCGGCCCAGGUACUACUGCGAUGGUCGCUGCAGAAAGGGUUGGCCUUUCCUUUUCGAGCCUGGCAGUGCGAUAUCAGCGCUGAAAAACAACUCUUUUUUAGGUUUGUCCCGCUUCCAAAGUCUGCAACGCCGGCGCGGAUCCGAUCGAAUGCGCUUCUUUAUGAUUUCGUGUUGGAUGAUACGGACAUGGCGAAGCUGGACGCCCUCGAUAGGGGCAAGGAGGGGUCCAUCAGCUGGAAUCCAGUUGAUUGGGACUAGUCGGAACCCUUGAGUACCAUAGCGCGCGCUAUGUACACAGACGUGACUUUUGACUUGCGAACGAAACAGUUCAACGAGAAGGCAUCAUCACACGCGCCAAAUCUUGACCUCAUCCACCUCGCUGCCCGAGG